CCCCAUCUCUCUCAUAUUUAGCGCACGGCAGUCUCGCAGUCAGGCUUGGCGGGCCUAGUCGCUGCUCUCGAAAAAGGCGCGAAAUAUCAAUUCAGUGACUAAUAAAACAUUGUAACAUCGGAGACCGAAAAUAAAUAAGUGAAACACCAAAUAAUAAUGGCGCCCCAAAGCAAAUCAACCGAAGAAGACUGCGACACAGAGAACCUUAAAUCCGAUCAAGAAGAUGUCAAGUCAGGGGGUGCUUUGGAGGCCAAGAUGUCCCUGCUGAACGGCAUCACAGUGAUCGUGGGUUCGAUUAUCGGCAGUGGCAUUUUUGUGUCUCCCACUGGUGUGCUGAUGUACACGGGGUCGGUGAAUGCCAGUCUCAUCGUGUGGGUGGCUUCAGGAGUUUUUAGUAUGAUCGGCGCGUACUGCUACGCUGAGCUGGGCACCAUGAUACGCGUGAGCGGCGCGGACUACGCCUACAUCAUGGAGACGUUCGGCCCCUUCGCCGCCUUCGUGCGGCUGUGGAUCGAGUGCAUGAUCGUCCGACCCUGCUCGCAGGCGAUCGUGGCGCUAACGUUCAGCGUGUACGUCCUCAAGCCCAUAUUUCCGGAGUGUGCGCCGCCCGAAGACGCUACAAGGUUGCUGGCAGCGUGUUGUAUUUUACUACUGACGUUCGUGAACUGCUGGUCGGUGCGCGCCGCCACGCUGGUGCAGGACUGGUUCACGUACGCCAAGCUGCUGGCGCUCUUCAUCAUCAUAGCGGCCGGCAUCUACCAGCUGUGCCGAGGCAAAGUGGAACACUUCUCGUUCGAAGGCACCACAAACGACGUGACCUCUAUAGCCCUGUCCUUCUAUUCUGGACUAUUCGCAUACAAUGGAUGGAACUACCUCAACUUCAUCAUCGAAGAGUUGAAGGAUCCUGUGCGCAAUCUGCCGCGGGCCAUCGCCAUCUCUUGCACGCUGGUCACCGUGGUGUACACCUUCACCAAUGUCGCCUUCUACACCACCCUCUCGCCUGCUGAGGUGCUGGGAUCUACAGCCGUGGCGGUGACAUUCGCAGAGCGGUUGUUCGGAUGGUUCGCGUUGUCAAUUCCUCUGUUCGUAGCGGCAUCUACUUUCGGCGCCGUUAACGGAGUUCUGCUUACUUCUUCAAGAUUGUUCUACGCGGGAGCAGCGCAAGGUCAGAUGCCCGGCAUGCUGACAAUGGUGACAACGCGCGCGACGCCGGCGCCGGCCGUGCUGGCGGUCGCCUUGCUGUCGCUGCUCUACCUCACAGUGUCGGACAUCAUCGCGUUGAUCAACUACGUUGGAUUCGCUACAUGGUUGAGUAUAGGAGCUGCAGUACUUUGUCUUCCAGUUCUGCGUUACAAACAGCCCAAUUUAGAGAGGCCUAUAAAGGUCAACUUAUUCUUCCCAGUGGUGUACAUAAUCUGCACAAUAGCGGUGGUGGCUUUCCCCGCGUACGCGUCCCCCGGUGAGACCGGCGUCGGCUGCCUCAUGAUACUGACGGCUGUGCCCGUCUACCUGCUGCUGCUGGAGCCGAGGACCAGGCUCAAGGGACUCGGCGCUGUCACUGAUGCGGCAACGCGUUUGAUGCAAAAGUUAACGUUAUCCGUUCGACCAAAAAUGAAGUGAAUUCUACUCAACUGACCAACGGAGUAUGCCACGACUCGACAUAUCCGACGACAAAAACUUACAGUAUUUAGUAUAGCAGUUGCAAUACGUUAGAUACCUUGUAUGAUAUUAUACAAAUGUAUUGUUUACGUGUAUAUGUGUAUCAGAUUAUACAAAUUGGAAAUGUGUAUUAUGUGUAUUGUUAAUUGUAGUGUUAUUAGUGUAUAGGAGGCAAAUGUUUAUGUCAUUUUAUAAGUAUACUAGUCGUUUAGAAGUUCAUGUGGCGCGUGCAAUGUUUUUUUUUAAACUUUAAAAGUUCACGAUUUUUUUCUAACAAAGUUUAUCUUUAUGUGUUUUGAUAUUAAUCUUAAUAAAACAAAUAAUUGUUUAAUCUAUAGCCUGCUCAGAAAAUUUAAAAAACCUACAAUGACGUCGCCACAAGCAGUUUGAAGAUUCUUUGUCUAAAUUUUUAGCAGUCUGCGUAGAGAUUGGCUACUGGCAGUAGAGACUGAAAUUGCUCGGCAAAUUAAAAAAAAAUGAGCAUUCCUAUAAUUGUAGUGGAAAUAUUGGAAUAACUUAGUUUGAUAUUUGAAAUUGUUUUAUCUGUUAAUGUCACACGUAUUCGUUUUUUCUUGCGUUGCCCACCGACUGUUUUUUAAAUUUGUCGGACGAUUUCAAACUCUACUUCCAAUAGCCAAACAUUUUUCAUUUUUCUGGUCAAGGUAUACCUGCAAAUACUUUAAUGCGUGAAAUGAACUGAAAGCUAGUGUAUUUAUAUGAAGAUAUAAACUUCUGUCAAGAUGAAAAUGCUUGCCAAUUACAUUUUAGAUUUUUUUUAUUAUAUAACAUUUUUUAAAGAUUUUCUUGUGUCAAUUUUUGCGGACAAUUGCCAUUAAAAAAAAUAUAAAUUUCGUUAUUUUUAAAUAUUAAGCAAGUAGGACGAUGUUUCUUUUAAAUUACCAAUUAUAUAAUCUUUACAAUUUAAAAUUAGUCCUGAAUAUUGGCAGUUCAUUUUAGUCCCAUAAAAUUGAAAAAUCAUGACAUUAUGAACUAAAAUUCAUAAUAGUAACUGUUGUAUGCAUGUUCUUAAAUAAAAGUUUGUAUCAAAUGUUAUACAAAAUACCAUUUACAAUUUAUUAUUAUAUAAGAACAAAUGAAGUGAUAUUUCAAAUAAAUAGUACAAUCAAUGUAAACUAUUAAUAGUUACGUAAUUUUACUUAUUUCUAUUUUUAACACAUUUUUUUAUCAAUUGACGUUUUUCCACAUUUUUGAUGGGAAGUGUUAUUUUAAGUGUGUGUAGUGCAAAAAAUAAUUUAGAAUUAAUAUUUAAGAUUCAGAUUCUUUACUCGUACUUUAGUUCAGAUAUUUUGUGCGUAUGUUUUUUUUAAUAUUUUGAAAUAAAAGCGACUACUCAGACGACAAUAUUUCAUAAUAAGCUGUAGCUUUUAUAAACGUAGGUAGAUAGGGUUAUAUUUAAUGGUUUGUAAUUGUAACAUGUAUGCGUGUAGAUUGUUGAAUUUGAGGCAAAUGAAAAAUAUACAAAAAAAUAAAAUGUUAAAUUGCUUUGUCAUAAUAUCCGUGAGCGUCUUGCACAAAGCAAAAAAAAAUUAGGUACAGAACUAUAUUUUGUCUAUGACAUUGAAAUUGCUUUGGAGCGAAAUGCGUUUUGUGUAUCAUUUUGUAGUCAUAAGUAAACUCUCUGUCUAUUAAUUCUAUUGUCUUUUAAUUUGGUUGUAUUAAGAAAACUGAUUUAAUUAACUUAUGCUUAAAGUAAAUCUAUUAAUAGGUUUAUUUUAAGUGUUUUAUCCUGUAUGACAAAUCCAUGGGUUUUAUUUUUGCUGUCCGAAUUUGAUUCGUUUGAAUUUUGGACAGGCAAAGUUCGAUUUACAGCCUGUUUGAUUGUUAAGUUAGGUUUUAUUAAAAAAAAAUCUUGUUAAUUUUUCUGCAGACUGCUUUAAAAUGACAGAAAGUUGAUGAUUAUUAGGUUAAUAUUUAAUAAUCGUCAACUAAAUUGUUUCACUGAACAAUCUUCUUUAUGUAUGUAUAUUUUCUACGUUACACAUAUUUAUUCGGGUUCUCCCGAACGAGCCGGUUUCCGAGCAGGCUUUAGUACCAUAGACCACAUCCAUACGCUGCGGCAGGUUAUACAGAAGACUCACGAGUAUAACCAGCCACUUUGCUUAGCGUUUGUGGACUAUGAGAAAGCCUUCGAUUCGGUGGAAACUUGGGCUGUGCUGAGGUCUUUGCACAGAUGCCGGAUCGAUUACAGGUACAUUCAAGCGUUGAAGUGUUUGUAUGAAAGCGCCACUAUGUCAGUCCGUAUACAGGAUCAGACUAUGAGACCAAUCCAAUUGCAGCGAGGAGCUAAAUAGCGAGACAAUAAAAAUUUUCACACAGAAAAUCUUUAUUAUGUUUUUUUAACUUCUGUAACGUGAACUAAAAAUAUUUUCAUACGAAGUACGUUUGCUGAACUAAACUAGAAGUACCUACUUUAUUUUUUUCAAAAAUGGCUGUGUUUUCAUUUUUAAUUAUACCCAAAGACAUUUUAAAGUAAAUGCAAUAUGUAAUUUCCAGAUUUUUUUAUUACUAUUUUUUAAGAACAAUUUAUUGAGUAGUUUUUAUUUUUAUACGAAUCAUUUCUAUUGUAAGUAAGUAAAUAAGUAAGACUAUUUUUUUUGAAAAUGUACGUAUUAAUGUUUUGAACUUAAGUAUUGAAUACAUUCCAUCAAAAUACUGCCAGGAUUAAAAUUAUUCCUUCUAAAGAAUUUAAAGUGCUCUAAAUUAAUUUUAUUUUAAAUUUUGUAGAAUAUAACUGACUUCUGUAAAAAGCUGUUACUUAUCCUAAUUAUUAUCUGAACCGAUAAAGGUGACUAUACUUUUAGGUUAUCUAUAGUUUUUUUGAGUUAGAAAAUUACUAUUAAGAUAUUUGAUUUGAAUUUAAAUGCAUUUAACAUUCAUAUUUGUCAACAUACCACGUUCCUUUGAUGGCCCGUAUUUAACUAAAAAUGUUUUUUUUUAUAUAAAAAAAUAUAUAUACAGUAGUAUUUAUCAAACAAAAUACAUAAUCUCUCUAAUAUCCCGUUUGAAAAAAAAAAUAUAGAUUACAAUCAGUAAAAUAAUAUAGACAUCGAGUAAUAUACUUAAUUUUUUUUACAGCUUUUAUAUUCCCUUACUGAAAAACUGUGUUAGGAGUAAGUACAACAGUCCAGCCGGGAUCGAACUCGGUCCCUUUUACCGUGGAGUUGAGGAUCGUUUUAGGACACUUUAUGAAUAAUAUAAUUUAUUUAUUUAUUUUAAGCCUGGUUAUUUAUUUAUCUAUAAUUAUAAUAUAUUUAAUUAUUUAUAUAGUUUAAUUAUUAUUUAUUGUUAAAUAACAGUUUUUGAUUUUCAUAUUAAGUUAAUAUGAAUACGGGCCACUAUUUCGUAGUCAUAUCAUUAUAAUGAAUAUCGACGGUAAAAAGGCUAAAUUGAACAAACACCAUGACUUUAACUUUACGGGUGUACCAUUUAAAGUUUGAUUUUUCAUAUUUUUUUAAAAUAUCAAAUAGAUAUAUUUCAGUACUCAGUGGAUAUCAUUCUGAUAUCAUUCUGAUAUCCACUAAGUACUCAAAAUUUGGCUUUAGGAGUCGUUUGAUUAAUUUAGCCUUUGAAACGUUGAUAUAAAUAAGUAAAUAAAUGAAUAAAAAUAAAUAAUAAUAAUUAUGUUUGGAAAUUUUAAAAAGAAUGCAAUUAUUGUAGGAAUUGUCUUGUAAUUUGUAAAAUUUGUAUCGUUGUUUCUGUUACGCGCUGGGCGUUGAAUUGCAGACGCAAUGUGACAAUAAUAAAUUAUUCAAGAAGG